UCACAGACAUCAAUUUCCAGCUUGAAACACGAAACACCCACCCCUUUUACUUCAUCGGCUGGAAAAAAAUCUUGUGCUUACUAGGGAAUGUAUAUCUCGGCCUCUUGGGCUCCGACUUCUCAGGGGUUUUGACAUCCCCGCUUACUGUAAGACGGUACACUUCACUCUAAAUGAUGGAUACUUCAGGGUAUAUCGGGCUCUAUCAUUAGUGCUCCACAGGUUCACAGACCUAUAUCUCCAAUUUGAACUGAUUUCGGGGGCUCGGUUCUCACGAAUGCUGUAAGAAGAAUCGAGAUGCGAUGAGGUGAGAUGUCGUACGCGCGCGCAUGGGAAUUUAGCUGCCUCUGAAUCUUGAUGUUUUGGGAUGCUUGAUCGAUGAGAUUAUGUAUGAUAAGCUGUGGGGAGGGCUUGGGAAAGGAGGCGAAUUAGACUGCUUACGUGUGAACGAACGCGAGGUUCGUGGAUACUCGUUUGAAUGCUUUGGGAAUCAUUAUAUAUGGUUCAGAGAUAAGCCAGUACUUAUAUUCGAAGAGCAUCAGCAAAUCUACUACUAUUUGCAUCACCAUAUUCCACAUCAUUUCAUUGUGUAAGCGAUACGUAUUCUGAACUCUAUAUCGGAAAGUCAUACAGUUAUAACAAACAUGGGAAUAAGAAAUAUGGGAAGCGAAAAUAUAUUACAAGUCUUUGAGAUUUGGGUUGCAUAUGGAGAGACGGGAGUCAUUCAAGAGGGCGUUCUCAUUGCUCCAUAUCCAACCUUAUCCAUACCCAUGUCUACAUGCACGUCAGAGUUCCCGCUAUCCUCCUCGAACCAAUUCCCGAUCCCAUAUCUCUUCCAUACAACACACAAUUCCUUGUCCUCCGUCCCAUCCGCAUCCGCAUUCAGGUCUUCACUACCUAGUUCCAUUGGUGGUAGAUCUAGUUGGCAAGGUAGCAUUCUUGCCUCUUCCCUACCUCUCUACCUCCAGAUAUGUGCUUCAAUAACUUCACGACAUUGUAGUGCUGAAGAAAUGGAAUUAUUGAGGAAGCCAGCAGAGUGGACGAAGAUGUUAUUUUUGGAUUUGGCUCGAGAGGGCAUUUGGGUGGAAAGUAUCCUCACAGAGCGUAGAGAUAGAGACUUGGGUAGAGAGAGGGAGAGGAGGAGGGAGAGGCAGCAAGGGAGAGAUUCUAGAAGGAGAAGAAGAAGAAGUGAGAUAGAGCGCCCGGGGGUAUGUGAUUCUUUGAUGUUAGGAAGGUUAAGAAGAAGGUUGGGGUGUGAGGUUAGGACACACGAGCGGGGAGAAAGACAAAAAUACAGGGGUGGACGUGUGAAUAGGAAUCCUGCCAGCGGAUGUAGACACAGAAGACGAAGACAAGUUCUACGCCCUCGGAGAGCCAGGAAUGAUCGAGGAGAAAAUGAAAUUCUAAAUCCAAAGAUGAUUAAGAAGUUGUGGAGCGGGAUUUCCCAGUCCUAUGCGAAGCCUUGAGUGUUGUUACAAAGGUCCAGAAUGCUCGAGUAUUUCAAUGUACAUAAUAGAUAAGAAGUCUAGGGAGGAAUCUCUUACUAUGGCUUCGAGC